CUCUCGGAUGGAUGAACACGCGCAGCUGGCGCAGCAGCGGAGCAAGUCUUUACGCGCAGGGCAUCAUUGGCUGGGACGCCAUACGUGUCACAGAGAGGACGGCGAGCCAGUAAACAGCUUCACACGGAGCAGUGAACUAGUUCCAGUCGGCCAGGUCGGUGUGUGGGAUUACUCGGAGCGGCAGGUGACCGACCCCGCGGACUGACCGGUGGUUUCUCCCCGCGAGCGGAGCUGUCCACGGGUCGGAAACAUGAACCAAAGCGCGGGAGCAGCGCAGCACACCCGCCGCUACUCAAGUGACGACAAGGACACAGGGCCCAUCGGUGGAGAUAAGAACUGGAAGGGCAUUGGCAUCUCCCUGCUGGUUAUCGUGGCCGUGUUGUCUCUCAUCGGUCUGUCCAUUGUUCUGCUGUCUAAAGAUGAUGGUGGUAACCCCUUUGGUUCACAUUUGACCCUGGAUGACCUCUUUCAAAGAAACUUCCAAAUACACGACCCUGAUGCAAAGUGGAUCAGUGAUGACGAAAUCAUCUUUCGGAGCUGGGAUGGAGACGUCAUGAAAUUCAACAGACGCACCAACGAGACAGAGGUCCUGCUGAAAAACACCACGUUCGCGACUUUUAAGGCCUCAAAGUUUGCAGUUUCUCCAGAUCUGACUUUUGUUCUUCUGGGAUAUGAUGUCAAGCAGGUCUACCAGCACUCUUUCUUGGCUUCGUACCUGAUCUACAACCUGUACACAAGAGAGGUGCGGGAGCUGAAUCCUCCAGAGGUGUCAGAUUCAGUCCUCCAGUUUGCCUCGUGGGGAGUUCAAGGUCAGCAGCUGAUAUAUAUAUUUGAAAACAACAUUUACUACCAAACGGAUGUUCAGAGCAGCUCGUGGAGGCUCACGUCCUCGGGACAGGAGGGGAUCGUCUUCAACGGCAUCACGGACUGGCUUUAUGAGGAGGAGGUGUUGCACACAAAGGUGGCCCACUGGUGGGCACCUGACAGCUCCAGACUGGCCUACCUCACCAUCAACGACUCCCUGGUUCCCAACAUGCUCCUGCCCCGCUUCACCGGCUCCCUGUACCCCCGGGGGACGGAGUACCCGUAUCCAAAGAUGGGCCAGAUCAAUCCCAGCGUCAGACUCUAUGUGGUCUCCCUGGACGGCAGCUCCCUCACAACCGAACUGAGACCUCCUGACAGUUUGGAAAAGAGCGAGUACUACAUCACCAUGGUGACGUGGGUGACCCGGGACCGGCUGAGCGUGCGCUGGGUCAACCGAGCUCAGAACAUGUCCAUCCUUUCCCUGUGUGACGUCACAACGGGCGACUGCACCAAGAAACACGUGAUGACGUCAGAGACGUGGCUGGAUCGCCAGAACGAGGAGCCGGUAUUUUCGGAGGAUUGCUCCGCGUUCUUCAUCACCAUGCCCUUAAAACAACACGGCGGUCGGGGAGCAUUCAACCACAUCAUCAUGAUCUCCAACCAAUCUGACGGUCAAGAGGUUAACCUCCGCCACCUGACCUCAGGGAGCUGGGACGUCUCUACCGUCCUGGCAUAUGAUGAGAGCACAAACUCACUUUAUUUCCUAAGUACAGAGGAAGGCUCAACACAGCGGCAGUUGUACAGAGUCUCCACUGUGGAUCCACUUCGUAAAGACUGUCUCACCUGCUCUCUCUUCAAAUCAAAGUGCACCUUCUACGACGCCCUCCUCAGUCCCAGCUGUCGACACGUGCUUCUCCACUGCAGAGGUCCUGGAAUACCCCAAACUACUCUCCACAGUCUGAGUGAUAUGAAGAAGCACAAGCCUGUGGCAAUGAACUCAGUUUUAAGACAGGCGCUGAUGAACAGGACAGUGCCCAAGUGGGAAAGAAGAACCGUACAAAUCAACAACUUUGCACUUCGUCUGGAGCUACUGGUCCCAAUAUCUUUGGACGAAAAAAAGGAGCACCCACUUCUACUCAUUCUUGACAGCGCCCCCGGUGGCCAGGCGGUGUCGGACCUCUUCUCUCUGAGCUGGGACUCUGUGCUGGUCACCUCGGACAGCGUCAUCGUGGCUCGUCUGGACGGCCGGGGCAGCGGCUUCCAGGGUCAGAGGGUCCUGCACGACGUCCACCAGAGACUGGGGACCGUGGAUGUUCAGGACCAGAUCGACGCUUUGGAGCACCUGGUCAGGCUACCCUACAUUGAUGGCAGCAGAGUGGGAGUGUAUGGAAAGGCAUACGGAGGAUUUCUUGCCUCUCUCCUGCUGCUCUCCCACAGCUCCAUGUUCCGGUGUGGCAUCGCUGUCGCUCCCAUAACCAACUGGAGACUCUACGGGUCGGCCCACGCUGAGAAAUACUUUGGCUCCGCAGCAAAAGAAGAUUCCAGAUACCAAAUCUCCAGUCUGCUCAGAAACAUCACUUCACCGAGUCCUCUGAACUUUCGGAUUAUCCACGGCACCGCCGAUGCCUCUGUUCAUUUCCAGCAUUCUGCUGAGCUGGUCAAACUGCUGUCUGCGUUGAACGUUAACUACACUCUCCAGAUUUUCCCAGAUGAAGGACACAACAUGGCCGCCACCAAAAGCCAACGCUACAUGCUGCACUCAGUGCUCACCUUCUUCCAGCUCUGCUUCGAGGAAAAGCCGGACGUCCCCCCGCCUAAAGAGGUGGACUAGCCCGCAGAGCCUCCUGGGAGGAGGACGGAGCCACUGGGCCGACCAAGAGAAAGCAUGUUUGCCUGAAGGGCGGCUGUCUGUAAACCAAUCGAAAGACUCAGAACUGGGGUUGGGUAUCAUUUGGUUUUUCAACCAUUCCGAUGGCGAAUCGGUAUUUUUAAAACGACUCCGAUUCCUCCUGAUCCGAUUCUUGAAAAAAAACUGAAAGAUUUUUUUAAUUGAACAUUUUUUUUAAUUUGAUAACAAUAUUUUAACGUCUUAAAGUACUUACAUGUAUAAUUAGUAAGCCUAAGUCACCUAACACACAACUACAACAUUUUUACAAUAACUAAAAGUUACACUAUUAACAAGAAACAACUAAAUUAAAGUAUUUAACCAGAGCCCAGAGGGAAAAUAUGGCAUUUUAAAAGUAGCUUCCACAUACAGCAGCUCACCAGUG